UACGCACAAUGAGGAACUUCACCUUGAUAACAGUUUUACUUUUCUGCAGCCUCCGCUGUGUCUCCUUCGCAGUUUCUAAAUUUCAGACUGCGGAGGUUCUGCCUGGUAAAGAAGUCACACUUCUGUGCUCCAACUUUUCCAGUUCUCUUUCUCAGAUCAUCUGGUUCAGAGUGACCAAGGGAUCCGAGCCCAGUUGUGUCUCCUUCAUGUUCAAGCCUCAUGAGCCCGCUACAUUCUGUCACAGAUUUCAAAAUGGAAAAUUUGAAACGAGCACCAACAUCUCUACAGUUUUUCUCAAAAUCAAACAAGUGAAUUUGUCUGACUCUGGACUGUAUUUCUGUGGAUAUUACGUCAGCGGAAACCCGGUUAUUGUCGAUGCGACACAUUUAGAGGUCCAAGAUGUGUUUGAUGUAAUAACAAAGCUGCUGAGUAUGAUCCUGGGCGGUGUGACUCUCUUCCUCAUUAUGAUCAUCAUUUGUCUGGCUGUUAAAAUCAAAAAGCUUCAGAAAGCUCAUGUUGAGGAACUGAAUCUACAAAAGACAGAGAGUCAGAGCUCAGAUGAGUUGAACUAUGCAGCUGUUACCUUUCGUCCAAAAACUGAAAGAAACUAGCGGCCUGCACCACGGAGAGAAGUGGAGACAAAUGCUCUUUUUUCAGCCAUCAGAUACAGGAUGCACCUGGAACCGCAGCUCAAGGUGGAACUUUAAACCAUCAGCAUAGUAUCACAUUGUCAAAUGGUGUGAUUUUUGUCACCUGUCAAACAGACAAAAGGAUCAGUCUCUGGGUUAUAUAUAACCCAGCAUGGGUUGUUUCUGCAAACCAGCACUGGGGUUGAAUGUGAACUAAGCCAGCGCGAGGUUACAAUGAACAAGCAUGUUCAGUUAUACAACCAACCCAUAGAGUUGGGUUGAUUCUACAACUUAACUUAUAGAUAGUUAUACCAUCAUCACCAGUGGCCCGGUUCACAAAAUCAACAAACUUCAUCAAGGUACUUGAUGAGUGCUGACUUGUAUUAUAUUUCCACUUUUAUUUCAUA